AUGCGGUACUCCUGUGUCCUUUUGCUUCUGGCCACCGUUGCCUGUUGUCUGUUGAUCCCACAGAUUAGCGCCACCACCACCACUACCACUGCUUCUGCUACCACCACCACUUCCGCCUCGGCCACCACUACCACCGCGGCCACCACAACCACUACCACAGCUGCGACCACAACCACCACGUCCUCCUCCACAAAGAAAAAAAAAAAGAGGAGGAUAAGACGCUAUAAUCAUAUCGAACGUAGAGCAAAUAAGAAACGCAUUAUCCAUAGGCACCAUUCCGACGGAGAUAGCUCCGACGAUCGCACCAGCACACGCAACCGUCGUCGUCGCCGCAGCAGCAGCAGCAGCAGCAGCAGUGGCAGCACCAGUAGCCGCAGAAGCCGAAGCAGUGUCAACAGUCGGAGCAGCCGCAGAAGAUCCCGACGUGCCUGGCGUCUGUAG